AUGUCGGUAUUACUUCUCCCUGAAGAGAGGGGAGGCUCUGCAGCCCGUAUUUGCAUUCUCAGCGCAGUGCAUACCAUCUGGCACAUUGCCUGUUACAGAAGACAGAAGAUGUGCGGCGUGGAAAACCGCGCCAAAAUUAUCAUGCAGAAAUUUCCUAGUGAAAACACGGGUCAGCCCUUCCCAAGCUUGAGGCCGGCAGCAGGGACACCCCAGCCCCUCUCCCGUGCCUCCCGCGCAGCCCACUUUAGGGGUUCAUCAAGUCCACCGUGCUUGAGAUCCGGGAACAAUCCUUCCACCAGGCCCAUCUGUCAGAAAGGCUCCGGAUUAGAAACCCAGGAGUCACGUGUGACAAAUUUUCAACGCCUCUCUUCGUUGUUAGCCGCCCCUCCCCCUCCAGCUCUGUAUCCGGCCCCUGCUCCCCCGCCCGCCGCGCUCCAGGGCGGAGUUUCCUCCUCUGCUUAUUGUUCGCGGCCCAGCGCCCGCCCAGCCGCCGCCCCGCCCGACCCCGCCGCCGCUGUGAGCGAGCUCCUGGGGGAGGGGGCGGAGGCCAGCGCGGACGGGACGGGGCGGGAGUCGUCGCAGCAGCGCGCGCACGGCCGCAGCCGCUCAGACAUCGCCCGGGCCGCAGCCACCUUCGCUCCUCGCUCUUGGCUCCGCGCCCCAGCCCAGAUCUGCGGCAGCCAGGAGGGGCCGCCGGAACGCGACUCCGGAGUUCGCGGCUGUCGCCAGGCCUCCCCGAGCGGCGCCGAAGCUCCGGCCACCCAGGCGAGCGACCCUGCGCCAGCACCGCAGCCACCUGCUCCGAGUCCCGGGGCGAGGACAACCAUGGGCCGCACGCUCGCGCUCUCCGUGCUGCUGAUGCUGUUGCUGCUGUCGCCGCCGUCGUUCUCUGAAAGUAAUGCAACUACCAUGAGUACUCCAAUCAAAAAUACAAGCAACUUAGACCCUACAACAGCACAGACUACCACCACAGCAUUGACAAAAACCACAACCAAUGACACAGUGAUUACACUUUCUUCAGCCCAGCCAACCAGUGCAUCAACCAAAGGAACAACAGACCAGUCUACAGGAACUAUUUCUUCAGUGUUCCCAAGCCCCAGUGACAAUCAGCGCAGUAACAGCACUACUACAGCUUCCAGUGGCUCCCAGGAAAACAAAGGGACGCCCAGUAAUGCUGGCCCCACUAGCAGUACAGCUUUCUCUAGAGGCAACACUGACAUUGCUACCACAGACCCAGCAACCACUCAGGGGACGCUAACCACUAAAGCUUCUUCCCAGCCUCACAGCCCCUUAACUACCUCAAAGUCCACUCCUGACUCCAGAACAGACAGUAGGACAAGCAUUCAUCAGCUUAUAACUACAACGACCCCUUCACACUCUCAAGAGAGCCACUCGACUGUCGUUUCCAGCAGUUCCGGCCCCACGCCCAGUGUUAACUUCUCUGUGUCCACAAGGAAACCUACCACACAUACAUCUCUGACCACCUCCAAAGAGACUCUACCCAUCACCACCAGCCAGAUACCCGGCAUCCCUUUAUUUACACCACGGCAGACUACGGGGUCUCCAGUGGGAACGAAGAUCGUGUCUACCACUGAGGAGUUCACACACUCCAGCUCUAACUGGACUCCAACAGCUCCUCAAGGGCUCAGCAUACCCCCUCCCACCUGGACUUUCAGGGAUUACAAGCUAAAAUGUGGUGCCGCCAUAAUACCCAGUGAGGAAUUACUCAUUCUGAAUCUCACAGGAGCCAGCCUUUGUGAAGGGAGCCCUCCGGACGAAAAGCUCGUGGAACUCCUGUGCCAUUCAGUCAAAGCCUCCUUCAAGCCAGCCCAAGAUCAGUGCACUCUCCAGGUGGCGCCUAUUCUAGAGAGCCGGGCAGUGGCGGUGCAGAGAGUCAUUAUUGAGACGAAGCUUUCUCCUGAAGCCGUGUAUGAGCACUUGAAGGACAGAUGGGAUGACCUGAGAGAGGCGGGAGUCAGUGACAUGAUGCUGGGGAGGGAAGGACCACCAGAAGCCAACGAGGACCGCUUCAGCCUGCCACUUAUUAUCACUAUUGUCUGCAUGGCUUCCUUCCUGCUCCUUGUUGCUGCCCUCUAUGGUUGCUGUCACCAGCGCAUCUCCCAGAGGAAGGACCAGCAACGACUCACCGAGGAGCUGCAGACAGUAGAGAAUGGUUACCACGACAACCCAACCUUGGAAGUGAUGGAGACACCUUCUGAGAUGCAGGAGAAAAAAGUGGUCAACCUUAAUGGGGAGCUGGGGGACAGCUGGAUCGUCCCUCUGGACAACCUGACCAAGGAUGACCUAGAUGAGGAGGAAGACACGCAUCUCUGAUGAGUCCGCCGGCUACCCAACAGCUCCAGACCACCCCAAGUGCCAUUCGGACAGCGGGGAAGCUCCCCCUGGAAGAGGGGGAGACUGGGGAGGGAGAGUGGACUCUGAAGAGUGCCCCCUCCCAAUCCCCGAAGGGCCUUAAUUUUCCCUUUUCAAGUUCCACAAGUCACAUUGUGUCCAGUUUCCUCGUGUAAAAUGACCCACUUGUGCCUGAGCCCAGAGCCGCUGGAAGGCUAGAGGAGGUGGAGAAAAGCCACAGAAGGGGCUUUGGAGAGACAGCCUCUAGUUGUGGCAUCCUCUCAUCUCGUGAGACGACAGAGACCCUGAGGUCAGGUCACUGUGCACAGGGUCACACAGACAUUUGUUUCCCUCAGUCUGGUGCCUAACUGCACCAUGCCACGCCACUGUGUUCCUUUGUGCUCCUCUCCAAGGCUGCUCUGGCCAGGAAGGAUACUCGCAGGUGGGCAGGCUGGGAAGAAAGCCAGGUCCCAACUGUUUCAAGGAUAGGUCCCAAGUUCCCAUCUCUUGUAACAUGACCUCCACUAGCUUCCACGAUUCAGUCUUCAGUCCCACUAUUUUCCAGAGCACGACUUUGAACCUCCUGUUCUAGAUUCUGAUUUCCUUGCCUUUGCUGAGUGGGAUAGGGACUUACCCCACACAGGCCUCCCUACCCAGUGGAGGUCUGCCAGAGGGGUGAGUGGGCAGGCAGAGAGAAAGAGAGAGCUCGUGUGCAGAUGGCUUCCGCAUGGCAGCUGAUUCCGUACUGACACUGGCUCAACCCAAGGCACUCCUAGAAGACACUCCCCCAGCCGUCCUCUGGCCUUCUGCUUCCACUUGGAACAAUCUAGCUACUGAAAACAAGAUGUUCCCUUUCUGUUGUUCACUGCUCCACUGAGGGGGGGGGGGGUGACUCCUCAAAACCCAGUGUCAUAGAGCAGUUGUCUAGGGACAGAUGUCCUGGGACCCUGACUGGUCCCUGAUUUGCAAAUGUGUCUCAGCAGACAAUCAACCUAAACUACCAGGUGUUACUGUUGCACGGGAAGCUCGGGCCUUUUCGAGUUUCAGGAAUUAAGAUGGUGUGUGUGUGUCUAGUCCAGCUCCCCACUACCAGAGGCUAAAGCUUAGCUCAGACUGGAGAUGCUGUUAGUGUCUUUAGCUAGUUCUCAUCCUCCUUUGCCUUGGAGAAAGGCAGGCCCAGAACAUGCAGUGAAGGCACCUCUGCCCACAACCCCAGCAUGGAGCCAGGCUUUUGUUUCCUGUGUUGUGGUUUCUAGCUGUUGAGUUUCUGGUGACAUCUCAGGGAAACACAAAGCGAUGCCUAGUACCUAGCACAGGAGUUUUACAGGCUUGGCAGUCAGGUGUCCAUGUAGAAGGCUGCUGGGGGCUGGAGUAGUGAGGUCGCACCUCGUGUUCUGAGCAGGCAGAGCCUGUGGGGGAGAUUUGAACUUGGUCUGUUUUGUUCUUGGGCAUAAAUUCCCAUGACCCAUUCUCUGCUCUGAAGUAGCCAUCACCCUGUGAUAUUCUCUAGGCAGCAAAAGCUGUCAGAAAUCAAGGUAGGCUCUCAGUGAGUUUCACAGCAGCUGGACAGAUACUAACAGGAAGCCACAGCCCUGUGGCUUGCUUCUCUCAGAUUGCAGGGGAGGGUAGAGAGCAGUGGCCGGGAAGUUAGGUCUGCUCCUUCCUCCUGCGCUAGGCUCUGUCACCAAUGGAUCUGUCCCAUCAUAGCCCGUGUGAGAGGCUACUUCAAUGUCACAGUCACUGGGGCGAGGCCAUUUGACAGACAGCAAAUUCUAUUUCUGCAAAAUAGUCACAGGUUGCGACCCCACAGCCUCUCAGAGAUGACUGCAAGAUUAAAUAAAGGAUAUCUGGGCUGAGGGAAUGGCCAGGGCUCUGUCCAGGGUAAGUCUGUGGAAGCUCUGACCAGGCCAGUCCAGAGCUCCUUGUGCACCCAAAUGUUGUUGCCUUUUAGUACUGCUGUCAGGCCCCAGCUUGUUCUUACUGCUGGGACAUCUGUUCGACAGGACACACAGCUAGCAUCUGUAACAGUUGUCUGUGUUUUCACUGGGAUUUUAGAGCUGUCUGUUAACUCAGAAUCUCUGGCUGAGAAAGGGAAGAGGAAGGGCUCUCAGCAAGACUUUAAAACCAGCUGUACCAAAGAGAAACCAGAAGCCUCCAGUGGCAGAUGGCUUUCCCAGCUGCAAGCCCACGGGGCUGGCGUUUGUGGCUGACAAACCCAGUGACUGCCAUGCUGCUGUAUGAGUGGGAGAGGAAGGAGAGGAAGCUAAGCAAUCUGCAUCUCAGGGCAGGAUCCAGGCUCACCUGGGAGACUCAGGCCUCCAACCUUCUUCAACAGAGAAAGCUGGGCUAGCAGGCGUUUUGAGCUUUAUCAGGUUUGGCUCCCUUUUGGGUCAAUACACUACUGUUGCAACUCUGAAGAAUAGGGUGAAGUAGACAAGAUGCAUGCAUAUUUUUGACACUGUAAAUACAGGGGCCAUGAGUUUGUUUACCCUGUACCACUUUCAGGGAAACAUUUGGUAGCUGAGAGAUAGCUAAGUGGUUUUUCUCUCCACAAGAAUGUAAAUGUCUUUUUAGUAGAACUGGCUUUUUAAAAAUGAGAACUAUAACUAAACAGGCUGGUAACAAAAGUAUUUACUUUGUAGCUAGGAUAUUUUAAAUACGAGCCUUGCUCCUCCCUAGCCAAGUCUUAAAUCCUACUGCAGCAUGGGCUGGAGUUCAGAAUGUGCUUAUCGGGCUGAUGGUCAAAGGGAGAAGGUUUGGAAGACACAGUUCAGUCUUCCUACAGGAAAAUACAUCCCAAGCCACAAAGCGAAUGGACCAAAAUCAAGCAGGGACAGAGACAAGAUUAAAACACAAGCCCCACCCUGCCCACCCUGUGUGUGUCCUCAAGGACAGGGAAUAGAGUGCAACUCACAGGUACAAGGUCAACACUGCACACCACCGAUCCUCCACUGUUACCCUGGCAAGGGACGCACAGCCACGUUGCUGGGCUCUGGAAUCAUUUGAGUCCAAGGUGUAAAUAAAUGUUGUUUUUUUUUUGGGGGGGGUUCCUCCCUAACAAGAAACAACUUUGCAAACUUGCUGAGGAAUGUCCAAUAGAACAAGGAUCCAAGGGAAUACUGGAGAGCAAGGCAGGAGACGCCCUGUAGAGGGGCAUUCGUCACGGUCACCCUCGGGUCUGGGGGGAUUGCGGGGAUCGCCGUUUCAUGGGUCCUUUCUGUUUCUUGGUGAAUGUCAACUAGCUUGCCCAGGAGACUGGGGGAGCCUGUGUGAGUGGACAGGGGUCUGAAGUACACUGGAAUUUAUUGAGAAACUUGUUUGUAAAGACUAUAGUUAACUAUUUGCCUUUUCUUAUAAAAUAUAUUUUGGAAAAUUGUACACAGUCAAUUAAAAUGCUUUUGUGUAA